GAGGCAAGGCAGCGCGGGCAUCUCAAUUGUUGUCUCAUUGCUAUCCAAUUAGUGCUGUUGCUACCAGUCUCGCUAUCUAAGAUGUUUGUUAGACAAUGUGAGAGGCUUGUUGCGCGCGUGGCUGCAACGCCUUUGACCUCAUGUUUGAGGAACAGCCGGCUUUACUCCACAGCUUCUCCAGCCUACGAACAUAUCCUCGUCUCGACCCCGAAACCAGGAGUUGGCCUCAUCACUUUGAACAGACCAAAAGCUCUUAACGCUCUUUCCAGCCCGCUUUUCCGUGAAUUGAACGAUGCCCUUACGAAAUAUGAUGAGGACAAGGACAUUGGUGCCAUAGUCCUUACUGGUAGUGAAAAGGCUUUCGCGGCUGGCGCCGAUAUCAAGGAGAUGGCACCCCUCACUUUCGCGUCUGCAUAUUCGAACAACUUCAUUGCCCCCUGGUCACAUCUCGCAAAUACGAUCCGUACCCCUGUUAUCGCGGCUGUGUCUGGAUAUGCGCUUGGAGGCGGAUGCGAGCUUGCAAUGAUGUGCGAUAUCCUAUACUGCACCUCUAAAGCAACAUUUGGGCAACCAGAGAUCAAACUUGGAACUAUCCCUGGUGCUGGUGGCUCCCAGCGCCUCACAAGAGCAAUUGGAAAGAGCAAAGCUAUGGAGCUCAUCCUGACCGGAAAGAACUUCAGCGGGAAAGAAGCUGGGGAGUGGGGUCUGGCUGCCCGGGUCAUUGACGGAGGUCAAGAUGAAUUGGUUGAAGCGGCAGUCGAGACCGCUAGCGUCAUUGCGGGUCACAGCCGUGUCGCAGUCGUUGCUGCAAAGGAGGUCGUCAACAAGAGCCAAGAACUCGCCCUGAAGGAAGGCGUGGAGUAUGAAAGACGUCUAUUCCACGGACUUUUCGGCAGUAAGGAUCAGAAAAUCGGAAUGACCGCAUUCGCUGAAAAGCGGAAGCCGGAAUGGUCAAAUGAAUAAAUACACACCAUGAUAUGUUUUGGCGUGUAUAUUAUAUAUGUAAAUAGACAUUUUCUACAGCCAAAGACUGCAGUAUACAUUCUACUUGUCUAAAAUCAAUCCAGCAAUAUGACUACGAUGAAACGGUCUGACGCAAGAUUUUUUUUUUGGAAUUUUUUCCCAUUUGGAAUUGAACUUAUGAGCCAACUUUUUAGCCAUCACCGGCAUUUUUUUUUUUUUUUUUUCAUUAUUAUUAUUAUCUUUUUUGGAGGUGUGAAAAUAUAGAUCACCCUGUUUCUCGUUUUAUUGACAUGAUCAGGAACGAACAAAAAUCGAACAAU